AUGGCUCGGACUGCUGUGUGUUGCGCGCUGGCUUUCCUAUUUUUAGCAAACUCAGUGUCCUCGGAAAUACAAACUGAUGCACCUGCACCAGGAAACAUCGCACCAGCUCUCGUAGACGAAGGUUCAUCACCUUUAGAAGAUGUUCUGUACGACGUACGUUCGAACAUCACACUUCGAUGUGGAGUAGACGCCGGCGCCGGGGGUUCCAUCGUCUGGCGCAAAAACGGCACCGUCUUGGAAGAAGUAUGGGAGAUGAAGGACCGCUACUCUUUAGAGCGCGGAAAACUCGAAAUGCACGUGGCGCGCGCGCUUGAAGAUGACUUUGGAAACUACUCUUGCGCAUUGCCCUCUCAACCGCCCGCGAACCGCUGGCAGGUGCGAGCUCGUCCACACCUCAAACUCCCGGCGAACACCAAUGUGGUCGAAGGCCAGAAACUGAAACUCACUUGCAAGGUGGUCGGUAAGCCUUACCCGCGUGUCAAUUGGGGCUACACCAAUUCCUCCGAGGAGAAUGCCAACUUCACUGCGCUGAACGCUGAAGAGGGACGCAUAACCUUGAGCACAAGUGAACAGGGUGUACCGGACGGAACUUUAGUGGUAGAAGCGGCGGAACGCACCGACGCCGGCCGCUACAGGUGCAGCGUGGAAGGUAGCACUGUUGGCGAGACCCUUUUGCGGGUGAAGGACAAAUACGCGGCGCUGUGGCCUUUCCUCGGUAUCUGUGCCGAGGUGUUUGUGCUAUGUGCCAUCAUUCUCGUUUACGAAAAGCGGCGUACCAAGCCCGACCUCGACGACUCGGACACUGACAACCACGACCAGAAGAAGUCGUAA